UCCAGAGUGACGGGACCCCGAAACUGGCGAGCCCUGCAGGACAUGCGCAGGUACCGGCACCACUACCCGGACUUGGUCGAUCUAGACUGCAACGGCGACAUGCCGAACCUGAGCUUCUACAGAAACGAGAUACGCUUCCUGCCCGACGGCUGCUUCAUCGAGGACAUUCUUCAGAACUGGAGAGGCAACUACGAGCUCCUCGAGGACAAUCACUCCUACAUCCAGUGGCUCUUUCCUCUGCGGGAGCCGGGGGUGAACUGGCACGCCAAGCCUCUCACGCUCAGGGAGGUUGAGGCAUUCAGAAGCUCCGAGGAGGUUCGGGAGCGGCUGGUCCGGGCCUACGAGCUCAUGCUGGGCUUCUACGGGAUCGAGCUGGAGGACCGGGCCACGGGCGCCGUGCGCCGCGCCGACAACUAUCAGAAGCGGUUCCAGAACCUGAAUUGGCGCAGCCACAACAACCUGCGCCUCACGCGCAUCCUCAAGGGAGCACUUCCGGCCCCGCUGCAGGUUCGUCUGGGGCCCGCACGACAAGCUGCGCAGGUUUGGGGCGGGCGCUGCGCCCCAUCAGCCUGCGGGUCCGAAGCAGGCCAUGGGGGAGGAGACCUCCGAGGACCGCCUCCGUGAAGCCCGCCCCCAAGGUCGGACCAGUAGGCCAGGACAGUGCUGCCACGGCAAGGACGAGGGCGGCAAGGACGAGGGCGGCAAGGACGAGGGCGAGGACGGCGAUGCCGAGGAGCGAUGCCGAGGGGAUGACGAGGACGGCGAUGACGAGGACGGCGAUGACGAGGACGGCGAGUCUGGAGGUUCCCCGCUGCCAAGCAGGAAACUCCCGGGUAUGGGAACCCUGGAGAGGAGGCAGGGGGACGAGGCAGGAGCCCUGGGGGAAGACGAGGGGGAGCCCCCCAGCCCCAAAGAAAGCAAGAAGAGGAAACUGGAGGCGGGCCGGCGGGAACAGGCCUCCGGAGAGCCAGGCCCCCAGAGCACCUUCGACGUGGAGAAGAUCGCCUUGAACCUGCAGGGCUGUGCCCUCAGCCAGGGCAGCCAGGCCCUCCGGGAGGGUGAGCAGCCCUGUCCCCUGCCCCCACGGACCAGGGUGACCGACGAACUGAGGAAGCGGAGAAGAGUGGACGAGGGUGUUGGGGAUGGUGCCGGAGGGGUGGCCAGUGGCCAUGCCCAGGCGCCGGCCCCCACCCAGCCACCUGCUCCAGCAGGGAGUCCUGAGGCCGGAGAGGACGAGGGCAGGAUCGAGGACCCGGGCAGGAUCGAGGCCCCAGGAGGCCAGGCAGAGCCGGAGCAGGGGGAUGCCCAGAGCCUGGCCGCAGGCCCCAGCCCGGCAGGACCUGCAGCAGAGGGGGCCGAGGCAGCUGAGCCAGCUGAGCCAGCUGAGCCAGCAGGGGUGGGGCCUCCCGCCAACCCCAGAAAGCCUUAGGGCUGGGUGCCGCUACGCGCUGCUGCGUGGCUGGAGCUGUUAGGCCAGCUCUGGGUGCCCAGCAGCCCGGGCCUCUUCCUGGGGGGUCACUGCGGCAGCGGGGAGGCCUCAUUUAACAGGCCCUGUGGCCCCGGCCCACUCUGCUCUGUGCCCAUGUGAAUUGGCCCUUUUGGGCCUGAGGGGGUGGGGAGAUGGGUUCUUUGCUCAGUCUGCUACCAAGUAGGCCUUUUCUGAAUAAAUUCAUCUGACUUUG